AUGCCUACGAUCGAGGAAGCAUGGGCCUUUCCUCUUACACCCGUCGAACGUCUCCGGAUGGCAACAUCAUCCCUUCUCGUCAGCAAAUCGUUUGCUUGGGAAUUUACUCAUGUGUACUGCACUGACAUACACAUCUUCACUCAUUUCCACCUUAACCACAUCAUCGGCCGUACCCUACAACGAGACACCAUAGCCUUCCGGUCCGUCGACGCUUCAUUUUCGCCGUCGAAGUUCUGCCGGUCCAUCUCCUUCGUCCUCGAAGUCGAUAUCCACCUCCAUCCCAAAGCGCACCCAGCAUGGUCAGAUAUCCACGAUCUUAUGCCAGUACUUCAAAAUUUAUUCCCCAACGUCUCGCAGACAUCGGUGAACAACAACUGGUGGUAA